GACAGCGGCUGGGACCGGGACUAGGACCGGGACUGGGACCGGGACAGCGGCUGGGACUGCGACUGGAGCUGGGACCGGGACCGGGACGGGGACCAGCGCAGCGGGACGGGACUGGCACCAGUAGCGGGACACCGGACGGCGGCGGGAGCAGAAGCAGCUGCGGACCCCCCAUGGCAGAAAGCGACGACCCCGCCCGCCAGGACCCCGCCCCCGCUGGCCCCCGCACCCAGCCCUGCCGGCCCGUGCCGAGGGUCCACGCCUUUGGAAAGGGGGAGCAGGCGCUGCGGAGGGACCCCCGCACCCCCCCCGCCAUGCGGGGCUGGCUGCACAAGCAGGACAGCUCGGGGCUGCGGCUCUGGAAGCGCCGCUGGUUUGUGCUGGUGGAUCUCUGCCUCUACUACUACCGGGCAGCGAGCAGCAGGUGCGGGGCGGCCUCCCCCUGCCUGGCUACGAGAUCCGCGUCCUGCCCGCCGCCCCCCGCGCCCCCCGCGCCCCCCAGUUCCUCUUCACGGCUGAACACGCCGGGAUGCGAACGUACUGCCUGGGGGCCGAGAGCGCCGAGGAGCUGCGCGCCUGGGUCUGUGCCCUGCGCCGGGGGGCAUCGGCCCUGCCCGGCUCGGCCCAGGAGCCCCGGGGUGCGGAUCCUGCCUCGCCCCCACUGCCCACGCACCCCCCGGGUGAGGGGCUCGGGGGCCCACCCGUGCCCCCUCCUUGCUGCCCCCCAGCCCCUCCACUGCCCCACAGCGAGGUGCCCCAAGCCCAGGAGGAGCCCCCGGCGCGGGGAUGUCCCCCCAAGGCCGGGGACACGCCGGGGGGGCCGCGGGGACACCCCGAGCCUGCAGAGCGAAGCCCAAGGAAGCCCCGCCCCCCUGGAGCAGCGCCUCGGCCCCCGCCGGAGCGAGACAUCGGGACCAAUCAGACACCGGCCUCUCCAACCGCCUCUUCUGAUUGGCUACCGAGCGCCGCCGGGCCCGCGAGCACCGCCCCCGCUCCGGCAUCCAAUGAGGCGUCGCGGCGGCGGCGGCGGCGGGAGGGGGCGGGGGGGCGUGGCCCGGCGCGAGAAGGUGUGGCCGGACGGCCAAUCAGAAUCACGCUGCUGCAGGCCAGCUUCUGAGGGGGCGGGGCCGGGCCGAGGGGGCGGGGCCGGGCGGGCACGCGCGACGCGCGGCCCCGCCGCGGUGCGGAAGAUGGCGGCGGGAGCGCGCGGCGGGAGCGCGGCGCUGCGGCGGCUGCGGGGCGGGGGCGCGGGCGCGGCCCCGCGGGGCGCGCGGGGGUACUCCAGGGACGUGGAGGGCAGCUGGUUCCGCUCGCUGUUCGUGCACAAGGUGGAUCCCCGCAAGGACGCCCAUUCCAACCUCCUCUCCAAGAAGGAGACCAGCAACCUGUACAAGAUCCAGUUUCACAAUGUGAAGCCGGAGUGCCUGGAAGCCUACAACAAGCUGACAGAGGAGGUGCUGCCCAAGCUCCAUUCGGACCCCGACUACCCCUGUGACCUGGUGGGCAACUGGAACACGUGGUAUGGCGAGCAGGACCAGGCAGUGCACCUGUGGCGCUUCUCGGGCGGGUACCCGGCGCUCAUGGACUGCAUGAGCAAGCUCAGGCAGAACCAGGAGUACCUGGAGUUCCGCAAGGAGAGGAGCCGGAUGCUGCUGUCCCGCAGGAACCAGCUGCUGCUGGAGUUCAGCUUCUGGAACGAGCCCCAGCCCCGCCAGGGACCCAACAUCUACGAGCUCAGGACCUACAAGCUGAAGCCAGGCACCAUGAUCGAGUGGGGCAACAACUGGGCUCGGGCCAUCAAGUACCGCCAGGAGAACCAGGAGGCAGUCGGGGGGUUCUUCUCCCAGAUCGGGGAGCUCUACGUGGUGCACCACCUCUGGGCCUACAGGGAUCUGCAGUCCCGGGAGGAGACCAGGAAUGCGGCCUGGAGGAAGAGGGGCUGGGAUGAGAACGUUUAUUACACGGUGCCGCUGAUCCGGACCAUGGAAUCCCGGAUAAUGAUUCCCCUGAAGAUCUCCCCCCUGCAGUGAUUUGGGGCCGUGCCGGGGGGGCUCCCUGCACCCCCAGGGGCUCCCUGCCCGUGCCCUGGCCCUGCUGGGGAAGGGCUGGGGGGUUCUGCUCCCCCUGGCUCCCAGCUCUCUCCCCCGCCCCGUUUUGGGGCGCUCUGGGGGGGCUGAGGGCAGGGAGGGGAAGGGGGGAGCCCCCCAUGCUGUGGUGGGUCCCCAGGAUGGUGCUGCUGGGGGGGCUGUGGAGGUGGGGGGGCUUAAUUGCUCCUGAUGAGCCCAGCGGGUGCCUUUGCUGCCAAUUAAAUAUUUAAUAUGCGAAA